UAUAUCUAUUUAAUUCUAAUUUUUUUUAAUUCAUCAUAUUGUCAUACUUUGAUGCAACUUGGUGACACUGAUGUACCAGAUGAAAAAAAAUACAUUUUUAUAGUUUGACGUAUAAAAUAUGAUAGUAAAGUAUGAUAGAAAAAUAGUAAACUAUGAAAUCAUCAUUUGUCGAAGGUGGGGUAUUAUUGUGAGUGGAAAAAAAAAGGAGUAUAACGUAGUUUAUGUGGGGGGAAAAAAUAAAAUGAUCAACGAUCGCAAUUCCGUGUUUAAGAGAAGGCAUGGGGGUCCGCAGUUGGCACCAGUUGGCACUCGUGGGCACUUGCCUUCGAGACACAGUCUAUGCCACACCGCGUGCAUUCACCUAUUCUCGAUAUAAUGUAAACAAACUUGCAUCCGCGUGUUUUUAUCAAAACGCCAAGUGGCUUGAAUUUUUUUUUUUUUUUUUUUAAUUUCUUCUCGUUCAAUUUGUUUAUAAUUUUUUAAUGUAAAUUUAUUAUUUUUUUUUUACAUUAAUAUUGUUUAUGUGUUAUUGUGCUUUGUGUUGUAUUAAUUAACAGUCAAUAAUUUUAAUGACAAAACUAUUGAGUUAUAAAAACAUAAAAAUUUAAUAACAUUUUUUCGGAUUAAAAAAAAGAAAUAAUAAAAAUAUCAACUACAAACGAUCAAAGAUUUCUUCAUUUAUCUUGUGAUGUACAUUUUUUCAAAGAAAUCGAUAAGAGAUGAAUGGCAAACCAAGAAAAAGUUUUAAAUAAUAAAAUAGAAAAAAAAAAAAAUACUGUCAAAGAAAUUGAAAGAAAGUAUAGGUGUGGGGAAAUAGAAAAAUAAAUUUAUAAAAAUAAAAAAAAUAUAAUAAUAAAAUGGGCAACAACAACAGUUCUUCACAUCAGCACGCAGUUUCACAACAUGAUAUGGGACGUGGUUGGACACAGUCAUUUCCGCGUGAAUUGACAAGACAUCAGAACUACACACAACAAUCCCCUGGACAUAAAGUUUUACCUGAGCCACCCAAUCAUCGAUUACGUGCUACCAAUAAUGGUAGUAUUAUUCACAACGGUGGGACCAUAAGUGGCCGUAAACUUGCAGCUUUGACAUUGCCGCAUGAUCUUAACAAGCAAGGAAAUUAUCGUAGUCGUUCAACAUCAGCAUCAAAUAUUGGUGUAUCAUCAUCAUCACGUUGUACUAGUCGUAUUGAUAAUAAUAAUAAUAAUCAAAAUUAUUGUAAUGGUAAUUAUCGUUCAUGUAAUUGUAAUUAUCAUAAAAAUGAAAUGAUGGAAAUUAAAAAAUUUGGUAGUGAACCAGAUUUACGUUAUUCACCAUCAGAACCACAACGUCAUUCAGAUACACGUAAUUCUGGCUACUAUCCUGAACGUGAAAGCCGUUAUCGUGGUAAAAAAAAGUACAAAGCACCGCCACCACCAUCACCAGCAGCAGUAAUAAUAAACGGUGAUGGUUCAUCACCUGACUCAUACAAAUGGGAAAUUUGCGGCCAAGAACAACGUGAAAAUUGUCAUGAUGAUGAUAAUAUACAUGUACAACCACCACCAAGAAAAUCUCGACUUUUUAAAACUCGUGCUGAAACCAAGAGACAAGCAAAUAAUAAUAACAAUAAUAAUAAUUGCAAUAUCAACAACAACAACAAUAAUAAUAGUAAAAAUAACAACAACUCGUCACAGCAGGAAAGCGAUAACAUUCUUGACAGAGAACGCAGAUGGCGUAGUGAGAAUCGUGUAUCAUCUGGCAAAGAGAACCGACAAGUUUGGCGUGAAUAUAAUGAUCAAGAUCGAUGGUCUAAAAAUGAAAAAGCUAAAUUAAAAAAAUUUGAUGGUAAAAAUACAUUACAAAGAAGUCUCAGUAGUCCUGAAUUUCAAGCUGAAUUAAUACAAGUUGCUAAAAAAGUACGUAAUAAAAUAAAUUAUAAUGAUAAAAGAAUUGGUCCAAUUGGUGCUGUAUCAUCAACAAAUAUAUCUGAUAAUAAUAUUGAUAUUAUAAAUGAUGAACGUUUAUUAAAAACAAGAAAAUCAAGAAAUACAAUUAUUGAACCAUUUGAAAAUAGAAGAGAAGAAAUACGUAAUUCAGCAAAAUUUUAUAAAGUUAAAAAAUAUCAAGAAGAACGUAAUAGUAAUAAAGAUAUUAAUAAAAAUAAUGAUGGUAUGAAAAAACCGCUAAUGAAUGGUAAUAUUAGAUCAAAAACAGCUGAACCAAUUAAUAGAAUUAAAAAAAAUAUUGAUGAAAUUGGAAGAACAAGAUCAGAAAGUCCAGUAAUACGACAAUCAAGAGAUAGAAUUGAUACAAAAUUAGAUAGAAUGGAUGUUAGAGGUCAAGGCUCAGGUAGAGAAAGCACACCAGAACCACCAAGAAAUAAAGAAAAAAAAAAUUCAGAUUCCAGAAGAAAAAAAAAUGAUUUAAAGAAUGAAAAUUACAAGGUCAAUGAAAAAAAAAAAUGGUCGGAAGUUGUUUGUAAUGAAGAAAAAAAACAUAUUAAAAAUACUGAGAAAAUUAUUAUACGUCAUGAAUCAUUGGAUAUUGUUGAAGAAAACUGGAAUUUUACAAAUGGUCUAUCAUCUAAUGCCAACCGGAUUCGUGGCAAUUUGCCGAGUCAAGAAGACGAGGAUAAAAUUCAGAAUGAAGAUAUUGCCUUGAAAUUGCGACCGACCUUGCCGAAGAAACAACUUGAAAUUCCAAGAUUUUCACCUUCAGCAGCUUGGAGAUUACUUUCCGCCUUGGAAACUCCAGGGCCAACUAUGAGUACAGCAAGUGAGGAACUUCCCGUAAUGUAUGAAGAACGUAUUGAAAGACUUUCAAGACCACCACCAGCUGCAGCAGCAGCAGCAUUAAUUGCAUUGGAUCCAAGAAAUUCUGGUGAUUCUGGUAUAUCAGGUGAUGCUGGUGCACCAAAUGAUGAUUCAAUUGAUGCAUGUACAAAUCAAUUAAAAAGUCAAACACCAAGACCAACAUGGACACCACAACAAGAUCUUGGUGAAGAAUCAAGUAGUGAUGCUGGUGUUGAUUCACCACCACCAAUGCCACCAUUAACAAAAUUUUCAUCACGUCCACAUGUUUUUUCUUUAUCAUUACCAAGAGAAGAUAAUCGUCAUAGUAUUCAUACACUUGAUAAACCAAAUAAAGAUAUUGGCUCAUUUAAUUCAUUACAAAAAAUUAAAAAAUCUGUAUCUGGUGUAUUUGGCCUAACAUCAAAUGAUUUUGAUAAGAAAAAAAAUACAGAUAAAGUACUUGAUGAUAAUUGGUUGCUAUCAACAAGUGCACCAACAUCACUUCAACAUAGUCAUGUUAAUAAAUUUAAUAAUCAUGAUAAUUCUGAUAAUUUACCAAGUUGGGAUAUUAAUUAUACAAUUGAUAAUUUUUAUAAUGGCAAUGAUUCAUUUGGUAAAAAUGAAUUUUCAAUGACAAGUAUGAAACCACCUUCAUUUUCAUAUCUUGCAUCUGGUGGACAUGUUAUGUAUUUACCAUCAUCAUCAUCAUCAACACCAUCAUCAAUUGAUCAAGUAUCACAAGUAUCAUUAAAUAUAUUAAAUAAAAAUCAAAAUGAUUUUGAAUAUUGUUAUCACAGAGUUAAAUUAUUAAAAUUAAGUUCUGAACCAGAUGAUACAACAAAUGCUGAAAGAAUAACAUUUUUAAAUUCUGUUCUUAAUUUUGAUUCAAGUUUAAUGAUACAUGGACUUGGUUUAUUAUUAAAAUAUCUUGAUGAAAAUUGGUCAAAGCUAACAUUAAAUCCAAGUGAACAAAUUGAGUAUCUUUAUAUUAAUUCAAUAAUGCUAAAUGAUUUAGUAAUGAUGGAUGAAGAUACAUUUAAUGUAUUAAAUAUAAUGCAAUCGAAAUUUCAUCCAAGUUUAUUUAAAUAUGGCUCAUGUUCAAUUGAAGUUGGAAUGAAUUUAUUUACAUUUUUAAAUCGUUGUCAAUCACGUCCUGGUGUACAACAUUUAUGGAGAUUAAUGAGACAUCCAACAAGAGAUAUUAAUAUAAUAAAUGAACGUCAUAAAAUUAUUGAAUUUUUCAUGAAUCCAAAUAAUGAAAAUUUUUAUAAAAAUUUAAAAUCAAGCUUAAAACAAAUAAGCCGUUUAACACCAGCUGUAUUAAAACGUUAUAAAACACCACAAGCUAAACCAGCUGAUUGGAAAAAAUUUUCAAAAACAAUAUCACAUUUAACAAUUAUUGGUGAAAUUUGUAAUCGUUGUAAAGAUGUGAGUAAAAUAUUUGAAACAGUUGCUAAUUCAAUAAAUGAUGAUAUACAUAGAGUACGUUAUUUUAUUGAUUAUAUUGUUGAUCAUGAUAUGAGUAAACAACAAGGAAGAUUUAUUGUUAUGGAUGGUGUUGAUCCACAGCUUGAUGAGUUAAAUUAUAGAAAACAAUGUUUACCAAAAUUAUUAACUGAAGCUGCUGAAAAAGAAUUAAAAAAUUUACCAAACAUUAUUAAUGGUUUUCGUUAUGUUUAUUUACCUGGUAUUGGUUAUCUUGUUGUUAUAACAGAAUGGAAUAAUCAUGCACCACCAGAAGAGCCAGAAGAAAUACCAGGUUUAGAAUUUGUAUUUUCUUCAAAUGGUACAAGACAUUAUAAAAGUAAUGGUGCCAGAGAGUUGGAUGAAAGUACUGGUGAUAUUGUUAGAAUGAUAACAUGCAGAGAAAAACAAAUAAUGUUGAGACUUAUUGAAUUUGUUAGUAAAUAUAUUGGAACAAUAUUAAAAGCAAUUGAAAAUUGUGCUGAACUUGAUGCAGUGUUAUCACUUGCUGAUGUAUCAAGAGAUCAAAAUUAUGUUAAACCAGAAAUUGUUAUGCAACAUAUUAUUGAUAUUAAAGAAGGAAGAGAUCCAUUGUAUGAAUUAUUUGGUAAUUAUGUUGCAAAUGAUAUAAUAUCUGGUGAUAAUUCAAGUUGUAUUAAAAUUUUUUCUGGUCCAAAUGCAUGUGGUAAAACAAUUUAUAUGAAACAAAUUGCAUUAAUUGUAUAUUUAACACAUAUUGGAUGUUUUUUACCAGUUAAAUCAGCAACUAUUGGUAUUGUAACUCAUAUUUUAACACAAAUGUCAUCAGUACAAUCAAUAAGUGAAGAUGCAAGUGCAUAUUUAAUUGAUUUACGUCAAAUAAAUAAUAUUAUUUAUUCAUCAACACCAAAUAGUUUAAUACUUAUGGAUGAAUUUGGACGUGGUACAUCAGAAAUUGAUAGUUUAGCAAUAUUAACAAGUAUUUUAAAAGGUUUUAUUGAUCGUGGUAAUUCAUGUCCUCAUGUAUUAUGUGCAACUCAUAUACAUCGUGUUGCUGAAUUAUUACCAUUAUCACCAAUUAUUAAAUUACAAACAUUUGAAUUUAUUGUUGAUAGUAAAAAACAAGUUACAUUUCUUUAUCGACUUAUUAGUGGUAAAAGUGGUAAAAGUUUUGCUCAUACUGUUGCAAGAAGUACUGGUCUAUCUGAUACAAUUGUUGAUAGAGCUGAAAAACUAUUUGAAUACAUGAAGAAAGGUGGACUACCAAAAUGUAAUCCAGAUGAAGAUCGUAGAAAUAUUCUCAAGUACAUUGCAGAAAUUAAAUUACAUCAGAGAAAUAUUCAUGUUGAUGAAUUGAGACAAUGGUUUCAACAAGCAUUCUACAGAAAGUUACCACCAAGAUUCAACUAAUAGUAAAUAUAAAUAUUUUUUUAUAUUUUUAUUUUAUUUCAAAAUUUUUUAUAUUUUAUUUUCAAUGUCGUAAGAUAGAAACUGACAAUAUCUUUCGACGAUAAAAUUCUAUAUUCGUUACCGUUAUUUCACGUUAUUUUAUCUCAACCAUCCGCAAGAUGGCAUAUUGAGUUUAAAAAAAAAUUAUUA